ACCUUCAACUUGACAACCUAGCAUUAUAGGACCAUAUUUGAUUGUGACUUCCUCACCAGGUUUCAUUCACAUCUGAUACUACAUACGAUUCCGCUGUGAGCGCUUACGAACAUCAAUUGCCGGGGGAGAAAGUUCAAGAUUGAAUAUUUGAACAUCGACGUCAUGCCCGACAAAGACGCAGGCACACCUCGGGUGUUCAUUGCACGACAUGGAGAAACCGAAUGGACAAAAUCCGGCCAAUAUACCGGCAUCACCGAGCUCGAAUUGACGCCUACUGGAGAGACACAAGUACUCAAUUCCGGUCGUGUUCUCGUUGGCGCAGGCAAACUCAUUGAUCCAGCGCGCAUUGCACGAGUAUACGUUAGCCCGAGAAAGAGAGCACAAAAGACAUGCGAGUUACUCUUUUCAUCGUCUUCAUCAAUAGACUCAGAUAAGGUGUCGACGACGGAGCGACUGGCGGAAUGGGGAUACGGUGAAUACGAAGGGAUGGUGACGAGUCAGAUACGGGCUCUGAGAAAGGAACAUGGUCUUGAUAAUGAGAGGCCAUGGGAUAUAUGGCAGGACGGUUGUGAAGGGGGAGAGUCGGCGCAGCAAGUUACGGAUCGUUUGGAUGAUCUGAUUAAAGAGAUUCAGUCAUUUCACGUCAACCAUAUGCAUGGGGAGUCUGGUCCGGCUGAUAUUGUGCUGGUAGCACAUGGACAUCUGUUGAGAGCAUUUGUGAAACGGUGGUUGGGUUACCCUAUGGAGUUUCCGCUGUCAUUGAUGCUGGAACCAGGCGGCAUUGGUGUUUUGAGUUACCAGCAUCAUAAUGUCGGAGAACCAGCACUGUUCGCAGGCAUGGCUUUCCCAACUCCACCAUCGAAUUGAUUAGAGAGAAGGUAUGAGGGUAUAGACGGUAUAGAUUUAUUCGGAACAACAUAGAAUCAACAUUUAUAGUAUAUAACCGCAAAAAAAAAAGAUAUUUGUACUG